AUGGUAGUAAAUCAUCCCAAGCCAGCAAUAGGAAAAAAUGACAUAGAAAAGGUACAAUUCAUCUUCCCAGAUGAAAUCUUUUUUGUCCAUGGAGAGCAAGACCUGCUUGUUGUUCUUCUAAAUGGAAAGGUAUUUAAGAGGCAAAGCAUAACUGACAAUGACCAGAAAAACACAGAAGGCCCAAAAUACGUUGAGCUAUUUGAUCUAAAAGAUGUAGUGAAACAUGCAGAAACAAUAGAUAAAAAGCUAUAUAUAGCGACAGCAACUACGCUCUACCGAAUAAACAAGGGGGCAGAGGACAAAGAGAAAAUUGUUCUGCAGGCAAUCCAUAAAGAUGACUUCUUAAAGAUAUGCGCGCUCUCUGUUUCAGAGGAUGGGGAAAUGCUUGUAUACGGCGACUAUGAAGGAAAAGUAACGGUCAAGACGCCAACCACACAAUAUGAAUGCAUAGAACAUGAAGAUGCAAUUGUUGGAAUUGUAAUCCUGAAGCGAGUGAUAUUUACAGCAAGCGAAGACGGCAUGCUUCUAAAGACAAAAAUCGGAGAGACCGAGCCAAAGGAUGCAUAUGAAGUAGGAAAGCCCAUCCGAUACUUUGGAAAGCUAGACAAUAAGCUUGUUCUGCUGGAUGCAUAUGGCACCCCGUACACCCUCAGUAAGACAACAAAUGAUCUGAGAAAAGAGAAAAAGCUUGUAAGAAAAGUAACAUUCGUGAAUAAAGUGAGCGAUGGUCUCUACGCAUCGCACGACAAUGACCAUUUCAAAAUAACAACGUACAAAACAGUAAACCGUAUACAAGUGCCUCCAAAAAGAACUGAUGGCUUGUUUGAGUACAAGAACAGGCUUUACUUCUAUGCAGGCGAAGAAAUAACAGGAUGGGAGGUAAAGAAAGCAACAGAACUAGAAGAAUUCUUUGAGGAUUUAUAA